CACUCUGCUUUGCUCUGCGGUUAGGGUUCUGGUUUUCUUCGUCUCCUUAGGUUGAGAGCCAGCGGGUUGGGGUUUACUUGUUCCCUCUUUCAAAAGUUCGAAUUCGCUUAUUCUUUUUACUCCCAGCUGAGAUUUACAAGGAGCUUUUCGAAUUUCAACACCAUGUACGGAUCCAGAGAGGCAAUGUUGGGAAGCGGGGGGGUUUUGGACGGGUACGAGGUCGGCUCAAAGAGGCAGAGAAUGAUGGAAUCAAAUCCCUACUUGACAGUGAGCAGUGCUGCUGGAAGCAUCCAGCCUUACAGCUACAAUGGCGGGUUCCACCCAACCUUCCCUGUGGUUCGUCUCAGAGGUCUCCCUUUCAACUGUACCGACGUUGACAUCUUCAAGUUUUUUGCGGGGUUAGAUAUUGUGGACGUGCUGCUGGUGAACAAGAGUGGACAUUUCUCUGGAGAGGCAUUCGUCAUCUUUGCAGGCCUCAUGCAAGCCGAGGUUGCGCUCCAGAGGGAUCACUUUAACAUGGGACACCGAUAUGUGGAAGUCUUUAGGUGCAAGAAGCAAGACUACUACAAUGCUGUAGCUGCGGAGGUAAACUAUGAAGGCUUUAAUGAUAAUGGUUACCGUGGCAGCCCACCUCCCCCUCGAGCAAAGAAGUCUGUUGACAAGGACCAGUUGGAGUACACUGAAAUCCUUAAGCUUAGAGGCCUCCCCUUCUCUGCGACCAAGGCUCAGAUCCUGGACUUCUUUGGUGAGUUUGGGCUGACAGAAAACAGGAUACAUAUUGCGUGCAGGUCGGAUGGUAAAGCAACCGGUGAGGCAUAUGUGGAGUUUGCUUCAGCUGUAGAGGCUAAGAAAGCAAUGUGCAAGGACAAGAUGACAAUUGGAUCACGGUAUAUUGAGCUGUUCCCUUCAACUGCCGACGAUGCCAGGCGAGCUAGAUAGAGUUCAUGCAAUGUGGUUUAACACUUCACAUUGUAUGACCUUCAACUC